UACCCGGCCAGUAUAAAGGUUCCUGGGAUAGGGUUUGGAAAGGAAGUUCCCUGGUGAAACACUGUUGUGAGUUUGUACUUUUAAAAAACAGAAGCGAAACCCCCCCCAAACCCACGGGGACAGAAACACCGAAAGAAGCGGCACGGAUUAACGGACGAGAUUGACAACCGAAAACGCGCGGUUGGGAGAAUUGGAUUUGUAACAUUGACCAGGUUGACGCAGCGUUUUUAUAAACAACCCCGGUUGAUUCUGCAGACAGAGACACAGAGAUAUUAUCUACCCCCCACCCUUUGACUCGUUACUAUUCCUGCAGCAUUACCUCAACUUUAUAUUGGUUGUGGUUCUCCUGUGAUAUUACUACCGGAACCGUUUUGGAUGUUAAGAACCUCCUAAUUAAGCUACUGUCCUACGCUCUGUUUCCGCGCCUGGAUUUUUGACUAACGUUUUGGAUUAUUUUGUGAUUUUCUGCUGCUGUGGUGAACACUUGUAACCUUUUUCUAAUGAUCAAGAGUGAUUUUUUGAAGGUGCACUGGUAGGUUACGAUUAGUUACGGUGGUCACCUUCCAAGACGGCUCUAGGCCUCUUCUCCAGCCCGCUCACGGCAUCAGGUGGCCGGCCACUGCAGAGAGAGAGAGAGAGAGUGGUCUACCACACAGCGUCGCUCUGCCUCGGAGGAAAACGCAGACUCGUCAUUGUGUGUGUGUGUGUGUUCGAGGGAUAUAUAGAGAGAGAGAGAAAGGGAGAGUGAGAGGAAGAGAGAGAGGGGUUGAGUGUGUGUGCGUGCAAGGUGUUGCUUGGACAGACGCAGUGGAAACGUUACCGUUUUCUUCUCUUCUCCCUCACACACACAACACGCAGUCUCGGAGAGCUCUUUCACCGACAACACACACACACGGAGUGUGAUUCUAAGCACGGGGCUCUUCCCGGUGUUAAACGGACGUCUGAAAGGAAAUCAAUACCUCAAGCCACGUUGACCUGCACGAGAUCACCGAGAGGGGGGGGGGGGGGACGAAUACCGUUUCCUCGUUCUGCGCGUGCUGUGAAUGAAUAAUACAACAACCAAUCACUCACCCACCUCGCGCUGUGUCUAAUCUCACCUGGUGUGUGUGUGUGGGAGAGUGUGUGUGUUCGCCAAAAGGUUCGUUAGGGAGGUUUGUCUUGGGUUUACGGUCUAUACAUCGCUUCACACGGGAGGGGAUUACCGCACUGCAUGCCGCGGCCAUGUGGAAUAACUUUGUGCCGCUCUAGCGCCAGUUGUCCGUUUACCAGCCUGCCGCCUUUCCUCACUCUCUUUCCACCCGGCCGCUGUCAUCCAGACGUGCGGGUUUCUUCUGACGAGAUUUUUAUUUACUAAAAGCACAACAACGAGGAGGAACAAACACACAAUAAACAGACAGAGAGAGAGAGAGUUGGAAUCGUUCUUGUGGGAUUUUACUCCUCCGGUGGAUUUUACAACCCUUCGGUGACUCCUCGGCCCCUUCUCCUUUGUAGACUACUGCAGUGAUAAUGUCCCUAAGGUCGAGCCUCCUUGCUCCGUGCCUUGCCUCAGCUCUGGGUCUGUGUCGCGGUCUGCUGGUCGUCCUGGUGGUCCUGGAGCUGUCCAGCGGGGUAGAAGGCCAGCCAUGCCCUGCGCAGUGCUCCUGUUCCAGCUCUACCGUGGACUGUCACGGCCAGAGUCUCCGCAGCGUUCCCAGGAAUAUACCACGCAACACAGAGAGACUGGAUCUGAACGCUAAUAAUCUGACUAAAAUCGCCAAGGCCGACUUCGCUGGACUGAGGAAUCUGCGUGUGCUGUAAGUAGUCGGCUUUAGUUGUUACGACGGGACAACCUUUUACAACUUGUGACUUCACGAUUUGACAACAGGUCGUUCAUAUGGAAACACUGUGAUGAUUCAGUGUUUGUCGAAAGGCCGCCGUUAUUAAAUUAAUAUAAGGUUUUAUCGCCGAGUCAUCACAACGAAGGGAUCGAAACAUUUUUGUUUGUAGUACAAAAACAGACUUAGAUAUUUGUCAGCGUUUGUA